UUCCCUCUCUCUCCUUGCUUUCUAUGCCUCUGAAGAGCAGUGUUGUUUCUAUGUAAUCUAGCUAGGUAGCACAGAGCAAGCUGCCUGCCAAGGCAGCUAGAAAAUUAGCAAAAAGGUUUGGAGGCAGUGGGAUUUGGUAGCUAGGUGUUGCUUUUAGCUUCGUUUGGGGGGCAUAUCGCUCAGUUGCAACCUCAUGGGGAGGGCUCCGUGCUGCGAUAAGAACAAUGUGAAGAAAGGGCCAUGGUCUCCUGAGGAGGAUGCCAAGCUCAAGGAGUUCAUCGAGAAGCACGGCACCGGUGGGAAUUGGAUUGCUCUCCCUCAAAAAGCAGGGUUAAGAAGAUGUGGCAAGAGCUGUAGGCUUAGAUGGUUAAACUAUCUGAGGCCUAACAUUAAGCAUGGGGAGUUCACUGAGCACGAAGACAGGGUUAUCUGCAACAUGUAUGCAAGUAUAGGAAGCAGGUGGUCGAUCAUCGCGUCUCAGCUUCCCGGUCGCACAGACAAUGACAUCAAGAACUACUGGAACACCAAGCUGAAGAAAAAGCUCCUAGGCUCCACAGUCACCCCACCCCCUCACCGUGCGCCGCGGCAGCAUCACCGGCCCCUCAAUGUCAUGCUCCAACACACGUCACCCUCACCCCAAGCCACCUACAACAGCUUCUUCUGCGGCCCCGGAGCCUUCCACGACCCCAUCAGUGGCAUCCCUGCAUUAACACUGCCGCCACCGCAGGAUUACAUGCUAAACUCCGGCCUUGCCAUUCCAAACGCGUCUUCACUACUGCACGGGCACGGCGCUCCACAGCAGCAGUUUCACCACCAUGUGGUCAAGGAGGAGAGCGGCAACAUGAUCGUAUUCGGCAGCGACCAGCAGAGCUGCAGCUCCUCGGACGGCACGCACAGCCAGCCGCAGUUCGGGCAUGGCAAGGAACUGAGCUUCGACGGCUACUUCGGCUACAACAAUGGAAGCAGCAUCGAGCAUGAUCACAGGCUGCUUCAACUCCAAGAUCAUCAGCAGGCCCAGGUGCCGGUCGAGUACAAUUACGAGGAGAUCAAGCAGCUGCUCAUGAGCUCAACAACCACCGGUAAUCAUGGCCAUGGCCAGGACGGCAGCAUGGAAGAAGGGUUCGGCUCGCAAGGGAAGGUGACGAUGAUGUAAAUUUGACUAAGAGACAUGGAAAAGUGAUUGAUCAAUUAAGGUGUGUGUGUGUCUUACUGCUGUAUUUUUUUUCUCAUUUUACCUUGUAGUGUACUAGUGUUGGUGCAUGUGUGUGUGCGCUCGCGCAUCCUGUGUCAUGGCUGCAUACACGUGCCAGAGUUGCGUGCGUUACAGCCUGUGUAUGUGACCGUGACAUGGGAUCGAGAUUCUCUCUCCUCCGUCCUCCUAUUACUGUUGUACUUCUCUCCCUCUUUUUUCUCACCAGAGGUAUAGUGUCAUCAUGAGCAUGCAUGAGCUACAAUUAAACACUGUGGAAA